AUGUCUGAAAUUCAGACGUGGACGGUGCAGGAGCCCUAUAUCGACAUAGCGGGGACUCUGCUCGAGGGCCCCUACCACGAUGCAGCCAACAACGAGUUUCGCUUUGUCGACAUUUGGGAUCACAAGCUGUACCGCCUUGACUUGGACAAGGGGCCCGUGUCACUCUCUGUUGUCAAUACGGACGCGGCUAUUGGCGUGACGGCCAACAUUGCGGGCGCAGCAAAGGAGGAUCAGGAUCAGCUGAUUGUCGCGGCCAAGUGCGGAUUCGCUCGGCUGAACCGGUCUACCGGGAAACUGACUUACAUCCGCGAGGCUUGGGGCGAGGAAGAUGGCCCGGGGAAAGCGGAGGUGAUGCGCUUCAACGACGGUGCGGUCGACAGCCACGGGAGAUUCUGGGCCGGUGCCAUGAAUGACCCCAAGGUCAAGAAGCCAUCGCCCGAAGGAGUGCUGUUCAGACUGGACUCGGACCUUAGUCUGCAUCCUAUGCUGGCACCAGUAACGAUCCCCAACGGGAUUGGGUGGAACCAUGCCGAUGACACGAUGUACUUGACCGACUCACCGACGGGUCAAAUCUUCGCAUUCGACUUUGACGCCGCAACUGGGGCCAUUAGCAACCGCCGCGUACACUUUGACAUCGGCGAGUCGCUCGAGCCAGAUGGAUUUGCCAUUGACGUCGAGGGUUGUAUCUGGACAGCCAUCUACGGUGGUGGAAAGGUUCUCCGUGUUUCGACCGAGGGAAAAGUCAUCGGCCAGAUUGAUCUGCCAACACGAAACCCGACUUGUCCGGCGUUUGUAGGCACCGAGCUAUUCAUUACCUCGGCCAAGGAUGACCAUGAUGACGAAAAGUUCCCACAGUCCGUGCGAUACGGAGGUCGAGUGUUUAAGGUUGAUGUUGGGGUCCGAGGAAAGGCAAAGAAUGAGUUUCGGUUUGCGAACUAG